AUGCCCUGGUUCCGCUUCUUCUCGUCCGCCUGCGACGAGGACGCAUGCGCGGCCGUGGACCCCAACGCCGCCCCCUCAACGCUGGGGCUGAUAUUCUCGCUGUCGCCGUUCCUCCUCACCUUCGCGGCCGUCGCGACGGUCGCCAACCGCUCCAUCUUCCCGCGGCUCGCCCGCGUGCACGACGCGCACGACGGCGAGGACCACUACCUGCCCGCCCACGCGCCGGCGACACUGCGGCAGGCGCACGCGGAGCACGGGCAAAAGAGCGCGCGGCGGCGGGUCGCGGCGGGGGUGUUCUGCGUGACGGUCGGGCUGGCGACGGUGCUGGGGGAGCUGAUCCUGUGCGAGGUCUCAGACGUGGUGGGGACGCGGGCGCGGGAGGUUGGGUUGAGGGUGACUGUGCCGACGCUGCUGGUGCUGCUGGUCGGCGUGAUCCCGUUCCUGGAGAUCCAGAGCGUGGUGGCGGGGGCGGGGUGGAGUUUCCAGAGGGACGGGAGGGGCCGCGUGCCGAGGGUGGCGUGGGGGGUGCAGGGCGCCGUGUUUGCGGGGUGGCUGUUUGCGUUUUGGAGCCUGGGGAGGAUGGUCGGGCUGGAGAAGACGCCGGGAGGGGGCGUGUUGAGGGCGUGUCUGGAGCGGAUCGGGGUGAUUGGGAUCUCGCUGAUGGCGAUGUUGAGCGGGUUCGCGGCGGUGUCGAGCCCGUGGCACACGCUGGGCGCGGUUAACGACCGGCGCAAGAGGCCGGUGACGGAGACGGACAUCACGCGGAAGGAGGCCGGGCUGGAGGCGACGAACGAGAUGCUGAUUACGAAGAGACACCGACUGCAGGCGCUGGAGCGGAAGGCGCGCGACGCGGCGGCGGCUGCGGCCAGCAGCUCUUCAUCGGGCGGGUUCAUGGGCAAGAUGCUGGGCGCCGUGAGGGGGAUGAACGGCGACGAGGCGGAGAUGAAGGCGCUGAGGCUGGAGAUUGCUGGGCUCGAGACGAUGGAGGCGAACCUCGGCGCAAGCCUGGGCAUGAUGCGCAGCCGGCGGGAGGCGGACGAGCGGGCCAAGACGGCGUGGGGCAAGGUCCUCGCGGUGCCGCACUUUGUCUUCAGCCUUUACUGCCUGUACCGCAUCCUCGCGACGCUGAUGGCGACGCUGCGGCGGGCGUACUACCCGGCAGCGAGCUUCAGCUCCUCGGACCCCAUCAACCGCUUCCUGGGCCUGCUGGCGCGGCACUGGGACCCGAAGCUGGACCAGAUCGCGUGGGCGCGGCAGAUUUCGUUCCUGUUAUCGGGGGUAAUUCUCGCGGCGAGCGCCAACAGCGUGCUGCAGACGUUCCGCCUCUUCAGCAAGUGGAUGCCGGGCUUGCUGUACCAGGCGCAGGCGAACCUGGCGCUGGUGAUUGGGCAGGUGGCGGCGGUGUACGUGAUCAGCGCGGCGUUGCUGCUGCGGAGCAACCUGCCGCGGGAGAUGGGCAGCGCGGUCGGGGAUGCGCUGGAGGGGGCGCUGGAGCCGCGGUUCGUGGACUGGUGGUUCGAGGGGUGGUUCCUGGGCAGCUGCGCGGUGACGGGCGUGGGCGUGUGGAUUUCGAGGAAGAUUGGGCGGGAGGAGUGGGAUGACUUCGGGAGCGAGGAGAUGGGGGCGAAGAGGAUGUGA